AAUUCAACAGGAUGAUGGGCGGGAGGUGAAUACCAGCAAAAGGGAAAAAGGGCGAUAACGGGAACGGCCCUGUUUUGGAAAAGACAUCAAACGGUUAGGAACGUGGACCUUGGCCUGGCCUAGACGCUUUAAAGUGGUUGGACAUUGUUCUACCUUUUUGUAAGAAUGCAGGCGAGGAAAUAGCAGGUGAUGAAGGUGUCUCUUCUCUUUUCUUUAGGACCCUAAAAAGUUCAACAGCAGAGUGUGAGACCAGAAGUUGCUUCCAUUUCCUGCUGUUUUUUUGUUUUGUUUUGGCACUUUCUUCCUCCGAGAUGGCUAACAUGUGCCCGUAUGGCCUUUACACCCACGCCGUGGUGCGCGGCAUCCCGGAGACUUUUGGGAAGGCGGUGGGAGACAAUGACGAGAACAAGGAGGUCUCAGUGGACCUGGCCAAGGCUCAGCGCCAGUUUGGCUGCCUGACGGGGGCCCUGAGGCAGAAAGUGGGACUGCAGCUAAUCGAGAUCCCCCCUGACCCGGAACUGCCAUUGAGCUGGAAGAUAGAGGACGUGGCGGUGAUCCAGGGGCACACGGCGCUCAUCACCAGGCCCUUCAGAGAGCAGAGACGCAGUGAGGCAGAGAUGGUGCGGAGGAUGUUGUCUGAGCUCAGCGUGAUCGUGGUGGAAAUGGACAACAGGCAGGGAAACUCUGAAGGGGCCACGCUGGAGGGCAGUGACGUGCUCUUCACAGGGAGGGAGUUCUUUGUGGGCAUCUCCUCCCACACCAACCACAGAGGAGCUGAGGUGCUGGCGGACACUUUCAAGGACUUCUCCGUGUCCAUCGUCCCGGUGUGCGGCGGAGCUCGGCUGAAGCAGGUGUGCUCCAUGGGCGGCGCCGACACCAUCAUCUUCAGCGACAGUAACGGGGCCAAGAGGACUCUCAGGAUGAUGGAGCAGCUGGCAGAUCAUCACUAUAACAUCAUCACCGUGCCGGAACAAUCUGCCGCCAACUGCAUUUACAUAAAGGGUCCAUCCAAGAAAGACUUCCUGCUCCACAGGCCGGCAGAUGAAUGUCCUGACAGCAUGUCUGCCCUCCAGAAGCUGCAAGACUACAGCUUCUUGCCUACAGCCUGCAGUGAAGUCUCCAAACUAGGAGCAUCGCUGUCCUCACUUUGCCUCCUCGUCAAUAAGAAGCACACGUAUUUCUGAUUGUAUGUAAAAAAACAGAGUAUAACUGCAGGGUGCAAGCAGGGGCUGUUAAAUGAAAUGUAGAGUUCACCAAGUACAAUGUAGUAUUAUUACACUGAAUAACAUGUCUCUACUAAUUGCAAAAAAACAAGCUCACCUAGCGGUAUUACACUUUCACAGUAUGUCAGUAACACUUGAAAUAAUUCCGUCCUUAAAUGUUUAGCAUGAAAGCUAAUAUGCAUAAGUAAUGUUGUAUAGCAAAAAGGACACAAAAGGAUUCAAAUUUGUGUGGUUGAGAACAUACAGUAAGAGCAAAAUAACUAAGCUGACAAUUUGAUAAACAUUGUCACAUAUUUAACCUGACAUUUUCUUUUUCACAAACUAAAAUAUCAAAAUGGCCACUGCUUGCUUGCCCUUUUCAGUAUGCAGCCCUUUAGUGGAAGUUUUGACAGACACCCUGUUUUAAGUUACUACAUUUAGCUACUUUUGCACUACUAACCACUUCACUUUUUGUACAAAACACUAUUAGUUGAUUAAAUGUUAAAAUUCAACUGUUCCCCCGUAUUUAAUUCCAAAAUGGUAAAUGAAAUAUCCUGCAAAUCUAAUUAAGCAGAGAACAAAGUGAUGAAUCCAAAUUUAUUGGUGUAGGAAAGUACUUUAACGGUUGGACUUGGCAACUCUCUCCAACUCAUCUUUCUUCUUGAUAGCGUAGGAAUUUGAGGAACCCUGAAGAAAAGAUUUGACAGUGAUUGUAUGUUUAAUUGGAGAACUUUCAUGGACUUAAGUGCAGAAAAAGGACAAACCUUUGCUGCGUUGAUCAGUUCAUCAGCCAGACACUCUGCAAUUGUCUUGAUAUUCCUGAAAGCAGCUUCUCUUGCUCCCGUGCACAGCAGCCAGAUGGCCUAUGAGAGUAAAGGUUAGAAUGACAAACAAACAAAAUGAUGGCAGCAGAAAAAAAGUGAGGUGGUGUGUCUGAGAUUGUGAUUGGCCAGGUCACUGCAGAUACCAGCCAACGAAUAAAUACAGACGUUUACUCUGCGAGCACUCUAGCACACCAAGACAACACAACUAUGCCAAGGUGUGACUCUAGCCUCGCUUUCAUUAAGGGAGAGAUGUUCAUGCAUCAAUGUUGAACAUUUUUAGCGCCAAGCGUCUUGGUUUCAAUACAGUCCCCAAUAAAGUGUGGUGGGCUUACCUGGUUGACCCUACGCAGAGGUGACACAUCCACAGCCUGCCUCCUGACAGUACCAGCACGGCCGAUACGGGUGGAGUCCUCACGGGGACCGCUGUUGAUGAUGGCGUUCACCAAGACUUGGAGGGGAUUCUACAACCAAAGAGAAUUAAAAAAAAAAAAAAUCUUAAAUGCAUCCCAAAGCAAAAGGUUGUCAAAUACAGACGUUAAAGCGCUUCUUAUUGGAAUGACAUUGAAAGAUUCAAUAUAACUUGCCAUUUUUAUAUUUUAACUACUGUUAAUAUUUAUUUUUGCAAAUAAGGCUGCAUGCGAAAAAAUGAAAGGAUACGAGUGCCACCUUGAUAUUUGUAAGGAGCAAAAGAAAUUUACUGUGAUUCAAGCUGCAAUGAUCAGUCAACUAAAUUGUUUAGGAAAAAAGUUUUUCCUCAAUUCAUGGUUUAAUGAGUAAUUCAUGGUUUAAUGAGUAACUCAUGCGUAUUUAGAACUUUAAAUACAUGGACUUGCAAAAGAUCACACGACAACACUGACUAAUGUGGCAGCAACAGCUGAUAUUUUAAAUUGUGUCCACGUGUUAAUGCACACGUUACUGGUUGGGCAUUGUUCGAAAUUGGAAUGUUCCAAUUUUGAUUCCUUGUUUCAAAUUAGCUUACCAAUGAUUCUUGAUUCAGAUUAUUUUAAGUGGCAGGCCAAAAAUUUAAAAUUUUCCAGCAGUAUAUAAAUAUCAAUUUUUUGAAUUGAUCACGGAGCAUUGCCAAAUUUAAAUAAACGCCACAACUUCAAAGUUGUAUUGCACACGACUUUUAAAGAGGGAAGUGAAAUAAGUGGUGGGCCACCAAACCAAUAUGGCUAAUGUGCAGGCCUCCUUGCAUCAAAGCUUUUAUGGAACAUUUGAGAUGUAAACUGAUAUCAUCCACUAUCAAUAUGAGACUAACAUUUGUAUCAAUAUCAGAUCGGACACCUUUCCUAAUAAUGUCUGAUAUUUUGCCCCCACAAUAACCACACAAUGUUCCUGUGGAGUUAGGUAUAAAAAAGAAUGAAAAUACUAUUUCAGAUUUGCGUUAAAAUAGAUAGCAUGACUGAUUGUUUACCACACUUUCCAGUGUGGCCCAAUUUGCUUCAAUUAAGCUUCAGAAUUUCCACAGCACAUCUCCAAUUCAAAUUUAUUGUGGCCAUUCAAGCAUUGACUCCAAAACAAAAACACUUUACAUUUUCCAAGCCAAAAUAAAAGGGCCAUUUGCAGACUAUAAGCGCUACUUUUUUCCCCGACACUUUGAGCCCUGCAGCUUUUAAAACAGCACAGCUAAGGUAUAGAUUUUUCUUACAAUUAUUAUUAUUUUAAAGGCAAAUACAUUGGUGUUUUGUGCUAUAGCCAGCACCAUCUUUUGGAUAAGUUUGCUCACUGCAAGGGUUGCAGUCUCCUUCCAUUUAGUGUUUUCAAACAGAAGUAGCGUGCUGUUCACUCUUCUAGCCAGCCAUAGAAUUUCUACUCUUAUGGAUUUUUCACAAGCAGCGUUCAAGUUUUACAUUACAACUAAAACCGCUUAUACUUACUAUAUCAUCCCAUGUGUGAUGUCUGUAGAAGUGUUUUCAUGCAUAUUUGUACGUGCUAUCAUAAUGACACGAGCAUUGUCAGCAUCAGCUAAUAUGCUAACACGCUUGCGUGUCUUCUUAGUAUUAACUUACAUUAUUUUUGUAUUUUUAAGAUUCCCAAUUUCCUCAGUAAACUCAUGAAGACGUCACUGUGAAGUUUGUGAGCUGAUUGGAGAGCUAGUGGGUCCAUGACUAAAGUUUUGUUUGACGAGUUGUUUUACUGCCAUUUUACAAAGUUUGGAAACAAUUUAUGUAAAUAAAUAUUUAAAAAAUC